UCAGACUUUAUAAUUCAUCGGCCAAAUCCUUAUGUACCCGAUAGCGAAGGGUUAGCGGCUCUGCUGGGACAGUCAAUAGACGACCCACUCCUGAGAUCUCAGACAUUUCCCAUCUACCCCACCAUCAAGCCGGAGCCUUUUGACUACGCAGACCACUAUCUGCCAGCUCAGAUACCUGACUAUUCAGCAUUUCAUACACCAAUCAGUUACUCGACAAUGAUUUCUCAUGCUGCAAAUUCAGUACCUCGAAGCGCCUCCAACUCAGGUUCAAGCAGAUCUUCUCCAGUUCUCCCUGUCUGUCCGAUCCCAACGGAGAAGACAGUGGAUGCAUUUUACGUAAGCAAUAACGAAAUGGAGUGGUUGUUGAGAGCUCUGCCUGAAAGUCCACGAAUUUUAUCGAUCCUUCGAAACGUGGACAAAUCGGAUCCAUUCACUUAUUCUAUGGCUGUAGUGGAGGCAAACCUGAACGAUCUUGUAACUUGGGCCAAAAAUGCUCCCUAUUUUCCUCAGCUUGAGAUGGAGGAUCAAAUGCUGAUCCUGCAGUCAUCUUGGGCUUCCAUACAUGUAAUAGAUGUCAGUUAUGCAGUCCUCAAAGGCGAGAUCUCCCAUAUCGUGAAGCUUUCUAAUGGAGUCGAUAUUCCAACUGGACUGAUUGCGCUCAUGGGUUACCAUAUCCAUAUUCACAAGUGGACAGAACUUGUUGGUAGACUGCAUGCCCUCGGCUUUGACCGAUGUGAUUACGCUGCUUUCAAGUUUCUCGCGUUUUAUCAAAAAAUCGAGGAUCAGACUGAAGUGCAGCUGAAGAAUCCGCACCACAUUCUGAAAGCUCGCGAAUCCCUUCUGGCGUCUUGGGGCGCAUAUAGAGGCACGUCGAAUGCUACCUUGCUGCCUCACUACGAGAUUUUCGUGCAAAUGAAAACGCUGGCACAGGCGUCACAGCACUUCCUUGUCGAACGCAGCAUAGCCGGAGCGGUGCGACUCCCUCUGCUGUCCGAGAUGCUGAAUCCUCUGGUGAACCGAUCGCUCCCAAACUAUGUACGAUAG